UCAUUUUCCUUGCGGAGACGUUUUCCGGCCCCGAAAAAUAGCAAAGUGUUAUCUGCCAGGUGAUAAGCACCCUCCUAACUCUCGCGACACGUUGGCACGACCUUCUUCUUGACUGCACCCGAGCUAGGGGUGGUUCUGCAACUCGUUGAGUCGAGAGAGAAGGAGAGAGAGAGAGGAAAAGAGAGAGAGGAAAAGAGAGACGAAAAGAGAGAAAGAGAGGACGAAAAUAUGAGGGGGAAAGAGGAAAGCGCGAUAGGGGAAAAGUGAAGGAAACCCCAACCCCAACCUACAGGACCUGCGAAGGAUAUUUGGAAUAACAAAGAUGAGAUGGGAUGCUGGGCUGUAUUUUAUCCUGAUGCUCUGCUACCUUCUGCCCGAUCUUUCCACAGCAUUUGUUGAAGCGAAAGGAUGCAACCGAACUGUUAGAAGUUCAGUUGGAUGGAUCCGAUGGACAGGGCGAAUGGGAAGAUGUGUUGUACGAAUCAGGGCACCUCUACGAGAUCCGCAGGUGAUUGAACUCAGAAUAAGAAGACUUCAAGUAGGCGUUUUGAAAAAUUCAAAAUGCGAAGGAGCUUAUAUCCAACUUUCUGAAGAUGGUGAAGAUUUAGAGGAUGAUGCAGGGCGAUACUGUGGGCAUGUUACGACAAAUACAACCAGAUUGUUUUUGAGAAGAGGUCCUGACUUGACAAUAGUGAUGGAUUCAGAGACGAAGUUUGCAGCAGAGAACCCUGUGAUAUUUUCUGCCCAGUUCUCAAUUUUACCGGUACGUUUAGCAAACGAGCGACAUCGGGGGCCAUCCCCCUCGGCUAGUGAAUGCCCUCUCGAAUGUAGUAAUCGAAACGACCGUAGGACAUGUCGCCUAGUUUCACCAGGUUAUCCUGGGGUUUAUCCACGAGGCAUCAGAUGCAGAAUUGCUCUCGAAUCCAGCACAGGCCAAUUUAGAAUCGGCGGUGAAGCCGAAGACCUUUACAGCCUAAUGAACUACACUCAUCAAGAUGGAUGUAAUACGGAAAACUGCGAGGAACUUCUCGAACCCGAGGGUGCCGUAUUCGGAACGAAAACAAGUUACUUCGAGGGCGCCAGAGUACGAUCCUCAAGGAGCGCGGAUGCGAAACGAGACGAGGAGGACGAGAUCAUAAUCGGUCAGAACAACCGUCCUCACCAGAAGUCAAAGAUAAAGAAACACCGUCGAAAACCGAAGGGUCACAAAACGAGGGUGAAUGAGGGUAGGAAAAGGAUCGAGACUGAUGGGGAGGACACAUCGAAAACCCAUGAAAGCUUCAAAAGCGAUAAGCUAAAUCGAAACGGGAUACCCGGGACCGGGACCGGGAAGUCAUCAGUGAUCCCAUCCAAGCACGUAAAACACAUGGAGCAUUAUUUGGACCAUGAUGUCCAACAAAGGACCUUUCAAUCCAGCCGAUUUCGACACGAAGGACGUUCUCGAGAAAAGGUUCUGACCUUUGGCGACUGGAAAGCAGUCAACCCUCAAAACGAACCCUUACAAAUCGGAAUCAACGAAAAUCCGGAUAAGAUCCAUCAUUUCGAUAACGAACUGAUCGUGAGCAAAUUCCGGAAAAAUGUCAAUCUGAGACGAUACCGGCCUCAGGACAAACUGGGAAGUUCCAAUUGUGUGGGGGACUAUCUGGCGCUACUUGAAAACGUGAAUGGGAGGAUUCUGGAAAUAUCGAAAUUUUGUGGUGAGGGUCGAGUGCCCCAGAUUUUAUCUUGGGGGAAGAAUGUCAUUGUGGAGUUCUUUGCCAGCAGCGAUGGAACCAUAAUGCAUGAUGGGUUCCAGUUGACUCUGCAGGAAACAGAAGCCACUGGCUCAACAGGAUUGGGUCCAGAGAAGAACUGCGAAUUUGUUUUCAGGAGUUCUGAUAAGUCGAGGGAGACUCUAAAAUCGAUGCAGCAUUGGUAUCCGCCGAAUACAAUUUGUAGUUACAAAUUCUUGGGGAAAGGUACGGAGAAGGUUUCGGUACAGCUGAAGAUUGUGAGGGACGAUUUGUUUAAUGAAGCGAAUGAUUUGAUGAAAAAGAAUAACUCGGGGAAUUACUGCACUGGGAAUGAAAUAACGAUUUAUAAUGGAGCCUAUGAGAAUAAUAGUCUUAUGGUCUGGUCCUAUUGUGAUUCUUCGCAAGCUGACAUCAAUAAUAUUCAGGUGCCCAUUAUUUCGAGCGGAAAUUCUCUUCUGAUUCAGUACUACAGUGCAAAAGGGUCAUACGAUGGCCAGGAAUUCAAAUACACAAUUACCUACAAAUUCAUAAAAAAAUCGCAAAAUGUAACCAAGAGGCGGCAAGUUUCAAUCGAAGAAACGAAAUUAAUUUCCCUGAGACCUGUGAAUUUUUCUGCCUUGAAUUUGAAUGAGAGUGAAAUUUGCGACUGCGAUAUAACCGACAGAAUUGGAAGCUUCAAAAGUUGGUUUAUGGUCCUCGUUGUUCUCGGGGUCAUUUCAUUUUUAGGAGCGGUAUUUACGAUUGUUGCCGUCCUGACCAAGUGCUUAAAAAUGCGCGCCGCGGAAAAAAGAUUACUGCAAACGCCGAAGCGGUGUAUUUAAACAGAAGAAAUUAAAGUUAGAAAACGAAAGACAAACAGUUGAGAAGACGAGAGAUUUUUACAAACCACCGAGAGUGGUUUUCUUGUGAGAGCAUAUAUGCAUAUCAUUAAAUGCUUGUGUAAUAUUUAUCGAGAAGAAAGUACUGCGCAGACUCUUUUUUUUUAAAAAGAAGGAAUCAGAAAAAUCUUCACUUAUCUUUUGCUCAUUUUGUAUUAAAAAUAGUGCUUAGCGUUUGACCGGUUAAGGCUCUUAAAAUGCCUUGGGUUUUCGCCAGAUACAUAAUAGGUCUAAAAAAUUGCAAUUUUUAAUGUAAUAUUUUAACCACUUAAUCUAAAGCGAGUUAUAUGGGUCGACACAGAGAGAUUUUUUCGAAACAUGUUUUUUUUUUAAAUUGAAAUUUGAUUCUUUAUUGCGCCUGAAACAUGCACCAGGAUAGCUAUUGUGUACACACAAAAGCUAUAGCCUUGCAUUUUACAGGCGCAAAAACAAUUUUUAAUUAAAAGAACAAUAAGAACAUUUUUCAAGAAAAUUUUUUGUUCCGGUUGUUAUAAUUUUCUUUAGAUUAUGUGAUUAAAAUAUUACAUGAAAUAAUACAUUUUUGUAGACGUGUUAUGGAUCUGACGAAAGCCCGAGUCAUUUUAUGAGCCUUAAGCGUUUAAGCAAUUCGAAUCAUUCGAUUCACUUUUCCAUCGUUUUCAUCUUCUUUUUUUUAUUUAAACUAAAUUCACAUAGUUAAAUUUUUCAGGUUAAUAUUUGAAAAAAGACGUUAUUUGAAAUAUUCUGAAGCAGGGCCUAUCAUUUUUCAAAUUUCGGACCCCACUUAGAAGAAGAAAAAAAAUUUUUCUUCAACUUUAUUGAUAACAGGAUUCACAGACCAAAAUGCUUUGGAAAAAAAGAUUCCAGGAAUAAUAUUAGGAGGAUUUCAUCUGUUGUUACUAAUUUUAAUGAAGAUUCUAGUAUCAGUUAUAUUAU